GAUUCAGCCCUGCAAAGUCACAACCCCACGGCCACAUGCUCUCCGCGUUCGGCAUCGUCGGGGACAACAGUGGCCACAUGUACUUCACCUUCUGGGCCAUGUUCUCCGAGUCAGACCCCUUCUUCGGCGUCGUCUCUUUCAUCUUCUCCCCCGUCUGCAGCUUCCCCCAGUACUGCGUCGACGGAAGGGCGUCCCGUCCUGGAGACUCGAGCUGGCUGAAGAUCUUCAGGGACAUGACGGAGCUCGCCUCGGAGGCGCCAACCCAUUGGCACGCCUC